GUGGUGUCGUCUGCGUAGAGGUGGAUCAGGGAAUCGCCUGCAGCAAGAACAACAUCAUUGAUAUAUACAGAGAAAAGUGUCGGCCUGAGAAUUGAGCCCUGUGGCACCCCCAUAGAGACUACUGAUGGUGUUGAUGAAUGAUAACAUUUGGCUGUGAUUAUGGUUUUAUAUCGUCAUCUAUUUGAAAGUAUGGGCUGGAGCCCAUGUACUAUAUAGGUGGUUGACUGCUAAGAAGUCAGUUAUAUUGUGUCUUAGGUAGAACCAAACGUUUGUCUUUUCAUAUUUAUCAACCUGAUACAUUGGGGAAAUAUGAUGAGAUUAAAUAUGACAUCAUACAAUAAUGUAUCUCCGGGAGGAACUCAAUUCUGUUGCAUUAGCACACUCGGCACUAUUUUUAGCACUUCCGUCUAGUCAUUCUAUCAGAUGUGAUUCUGUAUCGGGCCUGGCACUGUUUACUUUGUUUGUUCACUUCACUCAUUUUAGCAGGCGACCAUGGUGGGGACAGUUUUGUUUUUAAAACAGGAUUUGUAAAAAAAGUGUGGUCGAAAACACUGACCGCUCAUUACACUGCGGUGAACUUAAAGUUACAUUUUCACAGCUCUGCGAAAUUGAGCUUGAAUUUCCAGAAUGUGAAGGUCCAGUGGACGUUUGCUCCAGGGCGAGGUUUUUGUGUGAAGACUCAAUGGUUACUGUGGUGGAGUUCGUGUAGCAUGGUCCGGUACCCCGGGGGAUGACGAAUAUUUUAAGGACCCAUGGAAUUGUCUAAAAUGAGGCAGCUCCGCCCCCCGUGGCACCAGGCCAUGUAAAACGAAUCGACAAAGGUCAGCAGCGCGCGUAGUCGGGACGGCAGCCUAUGAUAAGUCUCUCAGUUCCUGUCAGAAACACAGCUGAGCAAAUGAUUCAAUUGUCAGCGGCUGUGAAAUAGAUCCACUUGUUGCUAUAUGCCACAUUGAUCUGGAGGAGAUUUGUCGAAUAAAAAAAACGAGCGGAUCGUACAUCAAACAGACGGAGAAGUAUUGCUUUAUUCCAUUUUGGACUAAACCUUAGACAGAAUAUUCCUAUAUCUAGAUUCUACAGGUAGACUGUUUUGAUGUCUGCGCGGUGGGGGUCUUUAUGGCUGCGUGGACAUGUCAUUCUGGGCUACGGGCUCUUUCUCCUGGUCGCCCUUCCAGACCUCACCACAGGCAGGCAAGGGAACUGCACCUACCCACUGGUGCCAGAACACGGAGGCUUCCGCUGCGAGCCCUCCCCCUGCCGAGGCUUCCCCCAGAAGAGCUUGAUCUACUUCUUCUGUGAGCCUGGCUAUGCCAUCCCAAAAGAGAUGGUGCACAGCUUGCGCUGCCGCCAAGGCAAAUGGAUCCCCAGCGUGCCCACGUGUCUCGCCAGGCGAGACAGACAUGUUAACUAUGAGGACCAGGUGGCCCACUCACUCCCCAGCGUUGCCACGACGGCGGUGGGCGUGUCCAUAUUCCUCCUCACCACCACGGCCUGCUUGGUGAUCAAGUCCCGCCUUUUCCCCUGUCACUCACAUAGCAGGCGCUCCUCUGACCAGAUGGAUCUGAUGGUGGAUGGCCUGCCUGUGUCUCUGCCCAGCUAUGAGGAGGCUGUCUAUGGGAGCUGGGGGCAACGCCUGCCACCCUGCAGAGGGCCCACCCAACUCUUACUUUCCCAGGCGGCUCCAGGUCCAUCAUUAGCGCACAACCUAUCAGAUUCCAGUUACCGUAUUCAUCCAUCCAAUCAAAGCCCCGAUAUCCUUCCGCCCCCUUACGAAGAGAUGGAAUCCCAUCCCAGAGAGGGUCAGAGUGAGGAUGACGUGCAGGCCAUGCAAGUUGCACUUUCCGAUGACAAGAACAUUUGAGCAACUGGUGUAUUUGUAUUACCCACCAAUGAUGUACUGAUUUUUAAAAAAAUAAUGUGCUCAGGCACUUAUAUAGAUUCAAGCCUACCAGCUUUAUCGGGUUUAAACCUUAUACAUAGCACACCAGUUCUGAUUGGCUGUUUGUGAUGUUAUGAGGUGUAUCCUGCCAUGGAGACAUGGUUUAUAUCCCAUCAGUGAUGGGACCUGAGCCUCGUUUGUUGAGGUGACUUUGGUAAUGCCAUUACUGUUCCAUCACGGGGACCUGUGUGUCUCUAUUGUGCACUGUGGGUCAACCCAGCUGGUGAAAGUAGAAAUGGAGGUUACUCGCUCUCCUUUCCUUGUUGAAUUAUGAUUUGCGAUGAUGGCUGAGUUGUAGCGUCGAUUAUGGAAACCAGCAGGUGACUGGACAGUGUACACAGAGAUCACGUGAUGUCAGUUUAGGAGUAAAAACUGUGUUCUCCCUCUCCUGAAACAUAUUUUGAGCUCUAGCUACAACCCCAGUCCAAUUUUGACUGCCGUUUUUGGGAGUGGUGACUGACUCACCACAUGGAAGUGUUUUCACCACAUGGAAGUGUUUUCACCACAUGGAAGUGUUUUCACCACAUGGAAGUGUUUUCACCACAUGGAAGUGUUUUCACCACAUGGAAGUGUUUUCACCACAUGGAAGUGUUUUCACCACAUGGAAGUGUUUUCACCACAUGGAAGUGUUUUCACCACAUGGAAGUGUUUUCACCACAGUGGUGGGAAAAGUACACAAUUGUCAUAUUUGAGUAAAAGGAAAGAUACCUUUAAUAGAAAAUGACUCAAGUAAAAAUGAAAGUCACCCAGUAAAAUACUACUUGAGUCAAAGUCUUAGGUUUUAAAUUUAUUUUAAUAUUCUCAAAUGAUCCAUUUGUAAAUUGUUUAGUGAGUCCACAAUAGAGGCAAUAGGGAUGACUAGGGAUGUUUUCUUGA